GCAGACACACAUCAACUGGCUCACCCAGCACACCUCUGCCUGACUACUACUAGAUCCAAUAACAUGGCCCCCUGCAAUAUGAGGACAUUGGAUCAUCAAGCUACCAAUGGGCUCCGAAAGCUGAGGAAGCCCGCUAUUGAGAAAAAGAGGAGAGAUCGCAUUAACAGCAGCAUCGAGCAGCUGCGUCUCCUACUGGAGAAAGAGUUCCAGAAACAUCAACUGCCCUCCAAACCUGAGAAGGCCGACAUACUGGAGAUGACGGUCAACUUCCUGCAGCAUCAGAUGGCUGAGAAAAGUAAGUACACCCCUUCUGUGACAGCAACCUCCAGCCAAGCCUACAGAGAUGGCUACUCCACCUGUGUCCAGGACUCUGUGACCUUCCUGUCCAUGCACAAGCAGACAGACACCCAGCUGCAGCUGCUGCAGAACCUCCACGGGGCUCGGAUGGUAUCUGGCGCUCCAUGUCCUUCUGUAUUCCCCGUCUCACAGACCCCCAGCAAGCACAGUGCUCCAGACAGCAGCAAAGCCUUCUGGAGACCCUGGUAGAGACUGUGUGUACUUGUCUGGACUGUGAGCUGAGUACGUUGAGUUGGGUGUACUUGAAGCUCACCUGACAUCCACACCUGGGGAUCUGAUCCCCAUCACUGUAUCCAUCAAAUGGAUAGAGAGUACGCUUGCUAUGCAGUGAUUGUAAUCACAG